CCGGCCUAAAACCCUAUCUGCAUCUUCAUUCCUUCUCUCUCCCCCAACAGUCAUUUCCUCUCGUAUAUCACGACUCCUUUGGCUUGGCCGAACUUGCCAAGCCGAUUCGUCCCCCAUGGCCGAGUCAGGUGCGGAGCUGGCGUCUGAGACGGUGCUCGAAGGAGAGACGCGACCACAACCGCCGGAACCGUCGACGAACCAGAGCUCUGUGUACCAAGCGACGCCCGAAGAGCUUGUUUCUCGAUCAGUGGCUCCUAUCAAGAAGGAGUUUUUACGUCCGCCUCCGAACCGUACCGGUAACCCAAACGACGCCGCCUCUGCCACAGACUCGAAGGCGUCUCAGUCGGGCUUGGUCCAGGAGAAGAAAUCUAAACGGCAAAUCAAACGGGAACGGCGUGAGAAAGCUGCGCUCAAUCUGUGCCCAGAGAUUGCAAGAACUGGAGAUGUUAAUUCCUGCCCAUAUAAUGAGAAAUGCCGGUUUAAUCAUGACUUGGAAGCUUUCAAGGCUCAGAAACCAGAGGAUAUAGAGGGGCAAUGCCCAUUUGUGACAUCUGGAGUGAGGUGCGCGUAUGGCUUGGCCUGCAGAUUCUCUGGAACUCAUGGAGAUCAUGCAGGUGCUUCAGACGCGAAAGAAAACUCAGAGAUGAAUACAUUUAAGAAAGAAACACAGAAGCUUUUGUGGAAAAACAAGAUGAAUUUCCUCAAAGCAGAUGCAAAACUAGAAUCCUUGGGUCUCUUGGGGCAUGCCAAAAAAAGGAAUGUAGCUGCAGAUAAUAAUGCAGUCAAAACUGCAAUUGGUGUGAACUGCUCUGAAACAACUGAAGUAGCAGUUCAAAACUCAGCUUCUACAUCUGAAAUGAUAGAAGAGAUUGAUACCCCUAAGCCAGUGGAAACAGAAGAGGUUCGACCUUCGAAAAAACCGAAGUCUGAAAAUGAGGAGAACUGUUGCGCUGGUGAAGUUGAUGAUGGCAUGAAAGUAGAGGAGGGAAAGAACGGACAUUCUCUGAUCGACACUGAGAACAGUAUCAAAGUUGUUGAAACUGAUGGCAGUCUGAAAUUUCACCCUCGUGAAAAGAAAAAGCUGAUCGAUGUUAGAGAUAAAUUGUACCUCGCACCCCUAACAACUGUGGGGAAUCUCCCAUUCCGCAGAGUUUGCAAAGUGCUGGGAGCAGAUGUUACAUGCGGUGAGAUGGCUAUGUGCACAAAUCUUUUGCAGGGUCAAGCUUCAGAAUGGGCACUGCUUAGACGCCAUUCUUCAGAAGACCUGUUUGGUGUUCAGAUUUGUGGCGCAUUCCCUGAUACUGUGGCACGUGCAGUUGAGCUCAUAGACCAAGAAUGCACGGUUGAUUUCAUUGACAUCAACAUGGGUUGCCCUAUCGAUAUUGUUGUGAACAAAGGUGCUGGUUCAGCUCUUUUGACUAAACCAUUACGGAUGAAGAACAUUGUGGGAGUGGCUUCUAGUAUAGUUGAAACCCCUAUCACUAUCAAGGUUCGUACAGGUUUCUUUGAGGGUAAGAGCCGGAUAGAUUCAUUAAUUGCGGAUAUCGGCAACUGGGGAGCUACUGCAGUGACAAUCCAUGGACGCUCACGGCAGCAACGCUACAGUAAGCUUGCCGAUUGGGACUAUGUAUACCAAUGUGCCAAGAAAGCCCCUAGUAACCUUCAGGUUAUUGGGAAUGGAGACGUAUUUUCGUAUUUAGACUGGAAUAAACACAAGUCUGAUUGUCCUGAGCUCUCUAGCUGCAUGAUUGCACGUGGAGCACUGAUCAAGCCUUGGUUAUUUACCGAAAUCAAAGAACAAAGGGACUGGGACAUCACCUCGGGGGAAAGGCUAAACAUUUUGAAGGACUUUGUAAGGUUUGGUCUUGAACAUUGGGGAUCCGAUACGAAAGGGGUGGAGACAACAAGGCACUUCUUGUUGGAAUGGCUGAGCUACACUUGUAGGUAUAUCCCCGUGGGUCUUCUCGACAUUAUCCCUCAGCGUCUGAACUGGCGGCCGCCUUCUUAUUACGGCCGUGAUGAUCUUGAGACUCUUAUGUCAUCGGAUUCUGCAGCUGAUUGGAUUCGGAUAUCCGAAAUGCUGCUCGGGAAGGUUCCAGACGGAUUCACGUUUGCACCAAAGCACAAAUCCAACGCUUAUGACAGAGCGGAGAAUGGCUAAUUCACUCACUGGUUUUGUAAGAAGCUUUUACUUGCCUCUUUUUUCUAGUCAUGUUUUUACAACUCAAAAAACUCUUCUCGUGAUUGUUGAUUGAGCCUAUUUAAGAGUUUGGAAUAGAAUGUGGGCAUAAGAUUUCACGUCAA